AUGUCUUCAACUUCACCUCCCAAUGCCUUUCUCUCUGCGCCGACUACAGCAGCCAGCGUCGUCACACCGGCGAGCACCACUUCGUCACGCGAUCCCCUGAUAAGAACAGGCGCAAGUGAAUCCAGCAAUAACGACCCUUCUUCAACCACCAGACCCCCACGAACAACAACACCCUCUGGCUUCACAUUCCCCGAAGUCUACGACUGGCCGGCCUUCUUUACCCUCCAACCCAAUGCCCAGACGCGACAGGCACAAAUGCGGCGGUGGGCGAACCUCAUAUCAGAGUGGUGUCGGUACCAUCGCAUGUUCCGUCUGUCGUUGACUGACGCUACUGAUUCGCCGCUGUUCCACAAUGCGCGAAUGCGGAAACGCGUUGGUGUGCAGGAUGCUAGGACGAUUAUAGAUUGGAUGGCCACGUCGCAGGAAGACGGCGGUGGUGGGAAAAGAGCUGAAUGGGUCCCCGCUGGGUCUGUUACAGGUGGUGGUUCUUCGGGUAAGAUGGGUGAGAAGACUAUUGCAUGGAUUUGGUGGAAAAGGCCAGAGGAAUGGGCGAAAUUGAUUGCCGAUUGGGUCGACGAAACGGCACAGAAGAAUACUGUCCUGACGCUUUAUGAAUUGAUGCAUGGAGAGGCAACCACAUCACAAGAUUUCCAUGGCAUGGACCCCGAUGUCAUGCUCAAAUCGUUGAAUGUUCUUGUCAAAAGUGGCAAGGCUCAAAUAUUUGGCAACGACGACGAGAAGGGUGUCAAAUUCUUCUAA